UGAAGGACGAUAUCUGCUUCUCUCUUCAGACAAACACACAAAGCUUCACUCUGCUGAAUCUUCAGACGGUCACAGUGAAGAUGUUGGCUGCUCUGGUUGUCCUGGUAACAGCCCUGCAUGGCGCUGCGGCAAUGACUCACUCUCUGCAGUAUUUCUACACUGGAUCCUCUUCAGUCCCAAACUUCCCAGAGUUUGUGGCUGUUGCUUUGGUUGAUGAAGUUGAGAUGGUUCACUAUGACAGUAACAGCAGGAAAGCAGAACCCAAACAGGACUGGAUGAUCGAAGCCACAGAAGAUGAUCCUCAGUACUGGCAGGGGAACACUGAGGUCUUUAUUAGUAACCAGCAGGUCUACAAAAACAACAUUGAAGUUUUAAAGCAGCGCUUCAACCAAACUGGAGGUGUCCACAUAUUCCAGCAGAUGUAUGGCUGUGAAUGGGAUGAUGAGACUGGUGAGGUCAAGGGUUUCCAUCAGUAUGCUUUUGAUGGAGAAGACUUCUUAUCAUUGGACCUGGAGAGAGAGAUAUAUGUCGCUCCAAAACAACAGGCUGUCAUCAGCAAACAUAAGUUUGACAAUGACGCAGCUCUGAUGGCACAGAGAAAGCACUACUACACCCAGAUUUGUCCUGAGUGGCUGAAGAAGUACGUGAACUUCGGGAGGAGCUCUCUGCUGAGAAAAGACCUUCCCUCAGUGUCUCUCCUCCAGAAGACUCCCUCCUCUCCAGUCAGCUGCCACGCUACAGGUUUCUACCCUGACGGAGCCAUGAUGUUCUGGAGGAAAGAUGGAGAGGAGCUUCAUGAGGACGUGGAGCUCGGAGAGAUCCUCCCCAACCACGAUGGAUCCUUCCAGAUGAGUGUUGACCUGGACCUCUCACCAGUCAAACCUGAAGACUGGACCAGGUACGAGUGUGUGUUUCAGCUGGUUGGUGUGAAGGAGCACAUCUUCACCAGACUGGAAGAAGUAAAGAUCAGGACCAACAGAGAGAAGCCCACUGACAUGACCGCCAUCAUCAUCGCUGCAGUCGUUGCUCUUGCUCUCAUCCUCAUCGCUGUGAUUGCAGUAAAAUUAAGAUCAAGAUUAAGAUUCUGUUAUUAGUCCCACAAUGGGGAAAUUCACCCUCUGCAAUUAUGUCUUGACUUACAGAAAGAAAAAAAGUAAGAGACCCAAACAGAGAGAUUUUCUCUCUUUUUUUUAAAUUAUUUCAGACUUUGAGUUGAAGUUUUUAUUCAGAUUGUGAAAGAGAAACAAUCUUCAACAGUAAGUGGUGAACGGCUCAGAGCAGAGUCAUGGUGAUCGGACCAGAAGAGCAAAAUAAUAAUCUAGUUACACAUGAUUUUAGUUUAAACUUUAAUAUAUCUAUUUCCUUGGAUGGGGGCCAAAUACACUUCCAUCAUUUUAUGUAAAAUGUCUGAUUCCCUGAUGAGAUUUAUAAAACAUUUUGAUUUGACCUCUGCAGAAUUUCUCACACAUGAGAACCAUGAACGACUUUGUAUUUCACUCUGAAGUGAACAAUCAUUUAAUUCGCUUUGAAUUCUCAGGAAAUCCUCUUUUUGCAAUUGAAAAUAUAUUGCAAAGAACCUUUUUUUUAAAUGAGCUAACAAAUUCAUCAGAUAUGGUUUAACACAAACUGGUGGUGAGUAUAAAUAUUAGACACAAGCCUGAAGUGGAAGGUGAGCUUCUCAAAGGUUUUAAUAUUUAUAAUGUUCCACUUAAACAUCUUAAAUCCAGAAACCCUGUGACACAACACUGGACAACAUGUGUUGUUGUUGUGUGAUGCUGGUGUCUCUCUGAGUCCUGUCAUGUCCCGUACAACACUUCUAAACUCUGUCAUGUUGUGGAGAUGAUCUCUGAUCUGGUUUACCAGGUUUUAUGGAGAAGAAGCUCUUUUUAUUCAUUUUUCAUUUGGUGAACUGGAUUCUGUUCUUCACUUAAAAAGUACCCCAGUGUGUAAAUAAUCAUGUAAAGAUAUGGUGUGUGUAAAAUAUAAAGCUGUAAAAUAAAUGUUUCAUCUGG